GCUCCAAACAACCAGUCUGACUGAUCAUUUUCUCUACUGGAUCCUCUUCAUCGUCUGGAUCAGGCCUGGAUCUUACAUGGGGCUGAGGAAUUAUGCUCUAUUUCCAUCCAGAAAUGGCAGAGGAAAAGAAGACCGGUGUGACUAGUAAUCUGAAAGCCAAGAUUGUGUUUCAACAAUGUCUGUCUGCAACACUACAAGUCAAACCUCAAUCUGAUGGUGUGGAGGCUGAAUAUGUAGAGAUUGGUCGAGGAGUAGUUCUCUAUGUGUGUUUCUUGAAGGGAGCAGAUGAAGAAACGAUAGAAAAAAUGGCUAAGUUUGCCCUCAACAUUCGGCUGAGCGAAGCACUUAGUGGCUCCAAGUUGGUGUCCAUCUUAGACCUGCCUGGAGACAUCCUCGUUGUUCCCCAGGCAACACUUGGUGGCAAGGCAAAAGGGAAGAUGAUGCAAUACCAUUCCAACAUCUCAAAGGACACUGGGAGAGAACUCUAUCAAAAGUUUGUUGAUCUCUGUGAUGCUGACAUAGCACGCAAUGCAAGGACUUCAGAAGCGAAUUGUAAGGUUAGGAGCGGGACCUAUGGAAAUAGGCAAGUGUUAUCUCUUCAGACUAAUGGACCAUUUACACAUACUAUGGAGUUUUGAUGCCUUUUCGCGACUUGAUGAACUUAAAAAUGUGGUAAGAAGCAGGACUUUGGGUAGUGAGCAAAUGCUGCCUUUGUUACCGGUGAACUCUUACACAUC